AUGACGGUUAGCUACCAGUACGACGUGGCCUCGUCCUCCACGGGAGGCUUUUUCCGCCUCCUGUGGCGUUGGAGGGGAAGUAUAUGGAAAUUGCUGUACAAAGAGCUCAUCCUAUUUAUCGCACUAUACAUGUUAAUCGCUCUGUCAUACGAUUACUUAAUGUCUGAUUAUUAUAAAAGAUAUUUUGAGCGCAUUGUGAUAUUUUGUUCAGGGUUCGUCGAGAUAAUUCCACUUUCAUUUAUUCUGGGCUUUUAUGUGUCGUUCACAGCCACCCGUUGGUGGCAACAAUACAUGGCCAUUCCAUGGCCUGACAAGCUAAUGAACAUCAUUGCGCUGUACGUUCCGGGCAGUGAUGAGACCAGUCGUAUACUGCGGCGCACACUAAUGCGUUACCUGAACCUGACCCUGGUGCUCGUACUGCGCUCCAUCAGCAUACCGGUGAAGCGCCGGUUUCCCACCAAAGACCACUUGAUUGAGGCGGGAUUCAUGACCAAACCCGAGCUCGAGAUGUACUCAUCGGUGCCGUCGCACGAGUUCAACACGUUUUGGAUACCGUGCACGUGGUUUGUCAACCUAUUACGGGAGGCCAAGUCCGAGUGCAGGAUCACCGACUCCGGCGGCUUGAAGCUUAUUAUGGAGGAAUUCAAUGACUUUCGAUCCAAAUGUGGUCUACUUUGGAGUUACGAUUGGGUCAGUAUUCCAUUGGUUUACACACAAGUAGUGACCCUAUCAACCCAGGCAUUCUUCUUGGCCUCACUAUUGGGUCGACAGCACAUACACCCUGCGACUGGCGAUAAGAUCCUGGUCCACCAGUACGGCGAAUACUACUUCCCUAUAUUCACAUUAUUGCAGUUCAUUUUGUAUAUGGGAUUACUUAAGUUAGGCGAACAACUCAUUAACCCUUUCGGCGAUGACGACGAAGACUUUGAGCUAAACUGGAUUAUCGACCGACACGUGAAGGUGUCGUUCCUGGGGGUAGAUAUCCUGAACGCCGAUCCCCCGCCCCUUAUGAAGGACCAGUACUUCGACGAAAUGGAUAUCAAACUGCCGUACACUGAGGCAGCCGUCGCCCAUAAAGUCAAGACAUACCGGGGAUCAGUCGCCGCAUACAAUGUGCCGACUGAGAAGCACGCGCUGGUCAUCCCUGAGUUCGACGACGAGCAGAGUAACGGGUCGGACGACGACAACUCGACAGUCCAUAGCAGCCAACAGCACAGCCAUAAGAGCUCCGUUUGGACUGUUUUUCACAAAAAGCAGCCAAAACUGAACGAAAGCCAAAGCAUACCGUCGCUGGACUCGGAGACAAUGGUCGAGUCCGGUCUGAACCCUCUAUGGCAGGGCUCUCUCGGAUCGGUGGACACCCAGCAGACAGAUAUGACGACCGUCACCACCGGCUAUGGAACUGAUAGGAGCUCUCAAGGUAUCAGGGGGCCGUACGAAGUGCCCAAAGCCAAGGAAUUCGCUGUCACUAUACCAACAGCAAGGUUUGCGAGUGAGACUACCGGCGCCCACUCGCCGUCGAUCACAUCACUCGAUGUGCCACUUCUUAACCGCCAGACUCUCAGCUAUGGCGCGACACCUCUGCGCAAAGAUAGCGGCGCUCAUAAACCGAGCAUUUCGAGCGUCACCGGUAUCCCAGGCCUCAGUCCCCUCCCAUUCGGCGGGGGAACGGGUGAGCUAAGUCUUAUCGGAAAAGUCUUCGUGUGA